GCGACGGCCAUGCACGUGUGCUGUUUUUUUUAAAGCGUGAUUCUGAGCCGCCUUGUACGGAGGAUGAUGAUGGCGGAGCUGGUGCAGGGACAGGGCCGGGUGGCUCAUCCUGGAUCCAAAGAUGACUUCGCAGAAGCGAUACGCCGGAUACGACAGAUGGCAGCUAAGGUUGGAGGUGAUCAGAAGCUGAGUCUUAUCAAUUCCUCUGCAGUCAUAGAUCCUUCUCUCUACAGCUAUGAAGGCCAAAAGCGCUCAUUGGACAAUGGAGCAGGUAACCAGCUCGGCGUCAUGGUGCAUCAAAGGGCCAUCACAACAGAAGACUUCAAAGUGCCUGACAAGAUGGUGGGAUUCAUCAUAGGAAAAGGAGGAGAGCAGAUCUCCAGAAUCCAGUUGGAGUCUGGUUGUAAGAUCCAGAUCGCUCCAGAAAGUGGUGGCUUGUUGGACAGACCCUGCACUCUGACUGGAACCCCGGAGAACAUUGAGCAGGCCAGGCGGCUCCUGAGCGAGAUCGUGGAGCAGUGUCGCUACGGGCCCGGCUUCCACACGGACAUGGACGGUAACAGCUCCAUCCAGCAGAUCCUCAUCCCGGCCAACAAAGUGGGCCUGGUCAUUGGCAAGGGAGGGGACACUAUCAAACAGCUGCAGGAACGGACUGGUGUGCAGAUGAUCAUGAUUCAGAAUGACCCCUUGCCCACUGGGGCAGACAAGCCCCUGAGAAUCACUGGGGACCCCUACAAAGUACAGGUAGCCCGGGAGCUGGUGGCCAAGCUGAUCCGGGACAAAGACCUGGGGGACUUCAGGGUCGGCAAGGCAGAGUUUGGAUCCAAACUGGGGGGAAACAGCCUUGAUGUGGCGGUUCCUAGAUUUGCUGUUGGUAUCAUCAUCGGUCGGAAUGGAGAAAUGAUCAAGAAGAUACAGAAUGAUACAGGAGUCAGGAUCCAGUUCAAACAAGAUGACGGUGUCAGUACGGACCGCGUGGCCCAGGUGACGGGCCAGCCAAACCAAUGCCAGCUAGCUAUCCACCUCAUCCACGAGCUGGUACACACAGCACAGGAGCGCGAUGGCUUCAGCGGCCUGAUGAGCCGCCGCGGUCGUGGUGACGGCGGUGGCGGCCCCGGGGCGUCGAGCGACCUGCAGGAGAUCACCUACGCCGUGCCGGCGGACAAGUGCGGCCUGGUCAUCGGAAAAGGUGGGGAGACGAUCAAGAACAUCAAGGAGCAGUCCUGCGCCCACGUGGAGCUGCAAAGGAACCCGCCCCCCAACACGGACCCCAACGUGCGCAUCUUCUCCCUGCGCGGCACCCCCCAGCAGCUGGACAAGGCCCGGCAGCUCAUCGACGAGAGAGUCGGGGCUGCAGCGUUGGUAAACAGUGGCUUUGGGAUGAAUCUCUUCAGCCAGGGACAGACCACCCCUCCACAACAAGGGCCUCAGGCCUUCGUGGCUGGAGGGUGGGGAACAACGUUUCAGAUAUGGCAGCCUCCAGGCCAGCAGGAUCAAAAUCACAAUGGAUCCCAGGCGGGCCAGAUGGACUGGGAGCAGUACUACAAAAAGCUUGGUCAGCAGAGCCAAGUACAAAACACAGGGCCCGAGUUCAGCAAACCCUGGGGCCAGACAGCGGGGUCGGCUUCCCAGCAGAACUACAUCUCCGCCCCGGGCUUGGACCUGUGCUACUGGGACCAGGGCUACAACCAGCCUACCGUCAGCUACUGCAACCAAGACGGGCCGGACAGCCAGAGCAGCGGGCUGCAGGACGAUUAAAGGAGAGGACCUUGAUGUGACUUGAAUGACUUCAAGGAUUGAAACUAAUAAUUGAUAACGAAACAGUUUCUAUAUUUGCCUCAAAUAUGUUUUACUUUCUUUAUUUUGUUCUUGGUGGGAAAUGGUAGUGGUAUAAUUACAUAUACUUUAAAAGAAUGUCUAAAUCAGGAACUUUUAAUUUGUUACUUACUACUUGUAUCCACCUGUAUUUUUCUUGUGGUGCCCUGGGGGUCGCUCCCUUGAACUCCAGAGCUGUGUUUUCUAGAAGGUUCUCUUUUUAUGAUUUAGCUUUGAUCUAUGAUUAUAUUAUUUAGAUAUUGCCAAAAUGAAUCCAGGGCUUGUAACCGUUGAAUGCUUAUUAUUAUUAUUAUUAUUAUUAUUUUCUAAUGGUGGGGCUUGGCAGUCUUGAAGAGGUUCUGGGCAUGUCCUGAGAUGUUUAUGGUGUAUCUGAAAUGUUAUUUUUACAGAAUUCAAUGAAAUUAAGCUGUGAUAUUUGUGGUUUUUCUUUUGUUACAGGUAAUGUUUUGUUACAUGGUAAAUUUAAUUGUGUGGACAAAUUCAAGAUUUAAUUCAUUUUGUGUUUUGUAUGCAGUUUUUCACGGUCAUUUUAUUGUUCACUGGUUUAUAAAAGGUGCAAUAUCUUAUUUCAGUUUCGGAACAAAGAUAGAUUAUCUAAUAUUUUGACAGACUUUUUAACUUUUUAGAUAAUUUUAGUUUUACAUGUAUAUUUUUUUUGGCAUAGUGCAUUGUAAUGGAUAAUUUAUUUACACAGAUCUUAUAGUAGUUAGGGGGAUGUUGCAUAUAGUUUGAGUUAUUUGCUAUCUUGUAAAACUAUGUAUAUAUGCUAAGAUAUUUGAUAAAUAGUUUAUUUAAAAAAUUGUUUUUGGUGUCAUUUUUGCAGGACUUUGUAUCCCUCGUUUUUUCUUUUUCAUAAUGAAAAUGAAGAUCAUGAAUGUAUCAUUUGAAAUUUGAUGUUGCAUCUUGCUAUUGACAAAAAUGAUGAGAUAGAUUUCUGUGUAUGAUGAUUUUUCGGUACCUGGACUAUUCAAGACUGCAAAGCCUCCUUAUAAUUCUAUCUGUAAUUUUUUAUUAAUGAAAUAUUUUAAGUUAAGUGAUAAAAAAAAAGUUUAAUUUGGUACACCGUUAUUAAUACCCACCUUUUGAGUCCACUGUGUGAAAUCAAUGUAUUGUUGGACUUGCUAAUUACAUGUUUUUCUCUGUAAUGUGACCUAAAGAAGUUCCAUUUUGUAAAAAUACAUAGUAUUAACUACAUUUAUCAAUGAAAAGGGAUAUAAUUUAAAAAUGUCCAAUUUAGUUUUUUUCCCCUUGUGUUCAGUUAACAAAUGUAUUAAAACAGAAUCCACACUAUACCUUUUAUUAUGUACUGAUAAUCAAAUCUUUUUCUUAUGCCAUUAUGUUUAGUUUUUUGAAGAUACAAAAUGUUAGUUAUCUUGCAUAGCAUCUAAAAACUUUAACGGUACUGUUGUUUAUACUAACAGAUUGUGUUCUAUACAUAAAGAAUAUAAAGGUUAAUGGUCUUUGUUUUAUAAACGGAAAAUAUAUAUUUUCUUUAGCACGUUGCCAUAUGAAAAAUUCCAAUAAAUUUUCCGCAAGCAUC